AUGGUAGCAUCAAAUUUCAUGGCAUCAACAUCUUUAACCCUAAGCUCUUUAAUCGGUACAUGGAUCGGAACCUCUUCAAACAACGAAAUAGUAGGAAGAAUAAUAUAUGGAGAUACAAGAAUACCAAUUACUUCCAUCAAAUACAUAAGCAUCCUCUUGUUUUUCUUGCUUGCUUUCGCGUCUUUCAUCCAAUCCUCGAGGUGUUAUGUGCAGGCCAAUCUCUUGUUAAGUAUGCCAAAGGCAGUAGUCCCUGAAGACUUUGUUGUUGAGGCCUUAGUACACGGUGCUAAUUUCUGGCAGGUUGGUUUAAGGGCCAUUUAUUUUGCUGUUACGAUGUUGAUGUGGAUAUUCGGUCCCAUUCCUAUGUUUCUUUCCUCCGCUGCAAUGGUGGCGGUCUUGUAUGCUCUAGAUGUUAAUAAUAAGUAUUUGCAUGACUUUAAUGACUCAUGUGAGGAUGAAGAAGAAGAAGAAGAAGAUAGAAAUAAAGGUGUGGUAAGGGGUUUUCAGCAGCAGGGAAUGGUUUAUGGUACUUCUGAAAUUCAAGCUGCUGCUGUUACAAGUACAAUAAUGCUGUCUGCUGUUGUUGCUUCUUGA